AUGGCGGACCAUCAGCGAGAUGUGUCGCAGUACAAGUACUCGGCCAUGUCCAACCUGGUCCUCCAGGCGGAUCGCCGUUUUGUCACCAGGCGAACGGAUGAGGCCACUGGAGACCCCGAAUCUCUCGCGGGGCGACUGAGUAUCAACGACAUGGGUGCUCGUGUAGCUCGUGACGAGGCUCCCAAGCAGAAGAAGGCCAGUGGACUGCCGAACAUGGUGAGAGGAAGUAUGCAGGAGGGCCAGGACAUUCUGGCAAGGGAGCAGCGGAAGCGCAAGGGCGACCCGUCACAGAUGAGAGCCACGGGCAUCCUGGGCCAGGCAGACCUGAUGGUUGAAGGACUUACAUAUCGGCCGCGCACUCACGCGACGCGAGCGACGUACGACCUCAUCCUCACUACCGUGGCAAAUAGUCUGGGCGAUGUCUCCCAUGAGAUCGUCCUCAGCGCCGCCGAUGCCGUCCUCGAGUUCUUGAAAGAUGAGGACAUGAAGGACUUCGACAAGAAGAAGGAAAUCGACGAUCUGCUGGGCGCCACCCUCAACCCUAAGCAGUUCAACGAGCUGGUCAACUUGGGGAAGAAGAUCACAGACUAUGAUGCUCAGGACGACGACGAAAUGGACACUGGCGCUGAUGGAGCAGAGGAUGACGCCGAACUCGACGAGCGACAAGGUGUGGCCGUCGUAUUCGAAGACGAGGAUGAAGAUGAGGAGGCGCCCGUUCUGAAUGAAGUUCGCGAUGAGUCCUCAGACGACGAGGCGGAGCCUGAUAAUGACGAAGAGGCCGCCCUGGAAUCAGAAGAACGGGCAGCUGGUGCAGGUGAAGAUCGAAAUGGAGAUGGCGCCGAGGACGAUGAAAUGAUUAUCGACUCGGGACCGGUUGAUGGGAAAAGUGGUGAUGACAGCAAAGGUCAGAACUACAUUCCGGCCCGUGCCAUCGACGCGUACUGGCUGCAAAGAGAAAUCGGCAAGCUCUACCCCGACGCUCAUAUCCAGCAUGACAAAACUCUCCAGGCACUACGGAUACUUUCUGGUGAGCCAGAUCAAGUAGGUGGGGAAGAAAAACAGCUCAGAGAGAUUGAAAAUGACUUGAUGGAACUUUUCGACUACGAACACCACGAGGUCGUUCAGAAGCUCAUCGAGAAUCGAGAAAAGGUCGUCUGGCUCACCCGAUUGGCUAAAGCUGACAAUGACGAAGAACGUGGAGUCGUUGAACGUGAGAUGGCAUCUGAAGGUGUCAGAUGGAUACUGGAUGAGCUCCGGGGCAAGAAAACCAACGGUCAAAAGAAGAUGGAAAUAAGGAUGGACAUCGACGUACCAGCUUCUUUUACCGAUGAUUCUGCGCCGAAGGCUGAGCGCGGCGAAGGUCAACUUGUUGGUGGCCUUCAGCCGCGUAAGUUCAUCAACCUAGACAACCUCAUCUUUGACCAAGGCAACCAUCUUAUGACCAAUCCCAAGGUCAGACUACCUGAGGGAUCCACGAAGCGAACUUUCAAAGGAUAUGAAGAGAUACAUGUACCUGCUCCCAAGAAGCGCAACGAUCCGUCAGAUGUCAACAUACCCGUCAUUGACAUGCCCGAAUGGGCCCGUGUGCCGUUCAGUCAAUCCGGGGCCAAAUCACUGAACAAGAUCCAGUCCAAGUGCUUUCCAUCUGCAUUUGAGGAUGACGGCAACAUGCUCAUUUGUGCACCCACCGGUAGUGGAAAGACAAAUGUUGCUAUGCUUACUAUUCUGCGAGAAAUCGGAAAACAUCGAGACUCCAAAACAGGGGAGAUAGACUUGGAUUCUUUCAAAAUCGUUUACAUUGCGCCCCUUAAAGCUCUUGUACAAGAACAAGUCGGAAACUUUGGUAAACGACUUGCAGAAUACGGCAUCACUGUUUCAGAAUUAACCGGUGAUCGUCAACUCACGAAGCAGCAAAUUGCGGAAACGCAGAUUAUUGUCACAACUCCAGAAAAGUGGGAUGUCAUCACAAGAAAAGCGACUGAUAUGAGCUAUACAAACCUCGUGCGUCUGGUCAUCAUCGAUGAGAUUCAUCUUUUGCAUGACGACCGUGGACCGGUCCUGGAGAGCAUUGUCAGUAGAACGAUGCGAAAGACAGAGCAAACUGGAGACCUAGUACGCCUUGUCGGUCUUUCAGCAACACUUCCCAACUACAGGGAUGUAGCUAGUUUCCUUCGUGUCGAUCCACAGAAGGGGUUGUUCCACUUCGAUGGCUCUUUCCGACCCUGCCCUCUCAAACAAGAGUUCAUUGGUGUCACAGACAAGAAGGCCAUCAAACAGCUCAAGACAAUGAACGACAUCACGUACAACAAAGUCAUAGAGCACGUAGGAGCUAAUAAGAACCAAAUGCUCAUUUUUGUGCAUUCUCGGAAAGAAACUGCCAAGACGGCUAGGUAUGUCCGAGACAAAGCUCUUGAGAUGGAGACCAUCAAUCAGAUCUUGAAGCACGACUCUGGCUCUAGGGAAGUCCUGAAGGACUCAGCUGAUUCUGCCACGGAUUCGGACCUGAAGGACCUUCUGCCAUACGGUUUUGGCAUCCAUCACGCCGGCAUGAGCCGUCCGGAUCGAACAGAUGUGGAGGACCUAUUUGAAAAGGGUCUAAUUCAAGUACUUGUCUGUACCGCAACGCUAGCCUGGGGUGUUAACUUACCAGCACACACUGUCAUCAUCAAGGGCACACAGGUCUACUCACCUGAAAAGGGUAGUUGGGUAGAACUGAGUCCCCAAGAUGUGCUGCAAAUGUUGGGACGUGCGGGUCGACCGCAAUACGAUACAUAUGGUGAAGGUAUCAUCAUCACGACGCAGACGGAAAUGCAGUAUUACCUGUCGUUGCUCAAUCAACAAUUACCCAUCGAAAGUCAAUUUGUUAGUCGUCUGGUUGACAACUUGAACGCUGAGAUCGUUUUGGGCAAUGUCAGGAGUCGAGACGAAGGUGUCGAAUGGCUCGGGUACACUUACCUAUUCGUCCGAAUGUUGCGAUCCCCAGGCUUGUACAGUGUAGGUGCUGACUACGAAGAUGACGAGGCACUGGAGCAGAAGCGAGUGGAUUUGAUACAUUCUGCCGCAACGGUGCUCAAGAAGUCAAAUCUGAUCACCUACGAUGAGAAGACAGGCAAGCUCAAGGGCACGGAACUUGGCAGGAUAGCCUCACAUUACUACAUCACAUACGGCUCAAUGGACACUUACAACAAACUCAUCCAGCCUUCCAUUACAACAAUCGAGCUCUUCCGAGUUUUCUCGCUUAGUGCAGAGUUCAAAUUCAUACCCGUCAGACAGGAUGAGAAACUGGAACUUGCGAAGCUUCUUACUAGGGUUCCUAUCCCGGUUAAGGAAAGCAUUGAAGAGCCCCACGCCAAGAUCAACGUCCUUCUCCAGGCUUACAUAUCCAGACUCAAACUGGAUGGUUUGGCUCUCAUGGCUGACAUGGUAUACGUGACUCAGUCUGCUGGUCGUAUCCUGCGAGCGAUCUUUGAGAUCACGCUGCAAAAGGGGUGGGCAAACGUGUGCAAGACAGCGUUAGAUCUGUGCAAGAUGGCUGAAAAGAGAAUGUGGCCAACGAUGACGCCGCUGCGUCAGUUCCCUAUGCUGGGACACGACCGAAACAUUGUGGCCAAAGCAGAAAGGAUCGAAGUGCCAUGGAGCAGCUACUUUGAUUUAGACCCUCCGCGCAUGGGUCAGUUGCUUGGCCUCCCUAGAGAAGGCAGGAAAGUCUGUGAUCUUGUCGCCAAAUUUCCACGUGUCGAAAUUCAGGCUCAAGCACAGCCAAUGACGCGAUCCAUGCUGCGAAUUGAGCUCAGUAUCACGCCUAACUUCGAAUGGGAUGAUGCAUUGCACGGAUCUGCAGAGAACUUCUGGAUAAUGGUGGAGGAUUGUGAUGGUGAAGACAUACUUUUCCAUGACCAGUUCCUGCUUCGCAAGGAUUACGCCGUGUCAGAGAACAACGAGCACCUGGUCGACUUCACAGUAUCUAUCACCGACCCAAUGCCGCCAAACUACUUCAUCUCCGUAAUCUCAGACAGGUGGAUGCAUUCGGAGACCAAAUUACCUGUUUCAUUCCGAAAACUCAUUCUUCCCGAGAAGUUCCCCCCACACACGCAACUUUUGGAGUUGCAGCCUCUGCCUGUGGCCGCGUUGAAGGCCAAGGACUAUGCAAACAUAUACGAAGAUUGGGACUACUUCAACAAGAUCCAGACCCAAACCUUCAAUUCACUUUACACCACAGACGACAACGUGCUCAUCGGCGCUCCUACGGGCAGCGGUAAGACUGUUUGUGCCGAAUUUGCUCUGCUCAGACUCUGGGCCAAGCCAGAGUAUGGACGUGCUGUAUACGUUGCACCAUUCCAAGAGCAAAUAGACAUCAGGCAUGAAGACUGGACCAAGAAGUUCGGGCAGAUUCGUGGUGGAAAAGACAUCGUUAAGCUCACUGGAGAGACAGCGACAGAUUUAAAACUCCUCGAGAAAGGAGACCUCAUCCUUGCCACCCCAACACAAUGGGACGUUUUGUCGAGGCAGUGGCAGCGACGUAAGAACAUAUCCACCGUGGAGCUCUUCAUAGCAGACGAGCUUCAUCUCUUAGGUGGACAAUCGGGCUACAUCUACGAGAUCAUUGUUUCGCGGAUGCACUACAUCCGCACGCAAGUUGAACUGGCUCUAAGAAUCGUGGGCCUCAGUGUCUCGCUAGCUAAUGCUCGAGAUAUUGGUGAAUGGAUCGAUGCGAAGAAGAAGGACAUUUACAACUUCAGCCCCCAUGUUCGACCUGUCCCGUUGGAACUUCGCAUUCAAUCUUUCUCUAUUCCCCAUUUCCCUUCUCUCAUGCUCGCAAUGGCGAAGCCAACUUACCUUGCCAUCACGGAAAUGUCUCCUGACCAACCUGCCAUUGUCUUUGUUCCCAGCAGAAAGCAGACGAGAUUCAGUGCUCGUGAUAUUCUAGCAGCAUGUUUGGCAGACGAUGACGAAGAUCGAUUCCUACACGUCGACGUGGAGCAAUUGCGCCCGCUCUUGGGCAGAAUUCACGAAGAAGCCUUGGCGGAGGCGCUUUCACACGGUGUAGGUUACUACCACGAAGCGCUCAGUCAAAGUGACAAGAAGAUCGUGAAGCAUCUCUACAACCAAGGGGCCAUUCAAGUCUUGGUGGCGUCACGUGACGUGUGCUGGGAGCUCGACUGCACUGCACAUCUAGUCGUGGUCAUGGGCACUCAGUACUUUGAAGGCCGUGAGCAUCGCUACAUUGAUUACCCCCUCAGCGAGGUGCUCCAGAUGUUUGGCAAAUCCCUACGUCCAUCCAGAGAUGGCCGAGGUCGAGGCGUCUUAAUGGUCCCGGGCGUCAAACGCGAGUACUACAAGAAGUUCUUGAACGAGGCUCUGCCGGUAGAAUCGCAUCUCAACAACUUUGUGCACGAUGCCUUUGUGACAGAAGUCAGUACGAAGAUGAUCGAGUCUGCAGAGGAUGCCAUCAACUGGACCACCUUUACGUACUUCUACCGCAGGCUUCUUGCAAACCCCAGCUACUACGGCCUGACUAGUGCGACUAACGAUGGCUUGAACGCCUUCCUUUCGGAUCUCGUCGAGACGACGUUGAAGGAGCUCACCGAGUCAAAGAUUAUUGAUUUCGAUGAAGACGAUGGAACCGUUGCACCUCAGAACGCUGCCAUGAUUGCCGCAUACUACAACAUCUCGUAUAUUACGAUGCAGACAUUCCUGCUUUCACUCACUGCCAGAACAAAGCUCAAGGGCAUUCUUGAGAUUGCCACGUCGGCCACCGAAUUCGAAACAAUCCAGAUCCGACGCCACGAAGACACCCUGCUUCGGAGAAUCUACGACAGGGUACCAGUGAAGAUGUCUGAGCCUGUAUACGAAUCACCGCAUUUCAAGGCUUUUGUUCUCCUGCAAGCACAUUUCUCACGGAUGCAGUUGCCCAUCGAUCUAGCCAAGGACCAGGAGAUCAUCGUGACCAAGGUAUUAAGCCUUUUAAGUGCAACAGUUGAUGUUCUUUCUUCAGAUGGGCACCUUAACGCCAUGAAUGCCAUGGAAAUGUCGCAGAUGGUGGUCCAGGCCAUGUGGGAUCGAGAUAGUCCUCUGAAACAGAUUCCUCAUUUCACAACCGACGCCGUUAAGGUGGCAAAUGAGUCUGGAAUCAAGGAUAUCUUCGACUUCAUGGAAGCUAUGAAUCCCGAGGAGAACCCUAACUACGCCAGCCUGGUCAAGCGCCUUGGUCUCACGCCAAAACAGCUUCAACAGGCAGCACACUUCACCAACACCAAGUACCCCGACAUUUCACUGGAAUUCGAGCCUGUUGACGUGGACAAUAUCCGAGCUGGCGAGCCGGCUUACCUCAACAUCCAAAUCGAGCGCGAAGUUGACGAUGAAGAUGGCGAGGUGGAUACGACAGUCCACGCUCCGUUCUACCCGGUCCAGAAGAUGGAGAAUUGGUGGCUAGUGGUGGGAGACGAAAGCACCAAAACGCUGCUUGCAAUCAAGCGAGUCACCAUUGGGCGGCAGCUGAAGGUCCGCUUCGAGUACACUGUGCCCACACCUGGCAAACACGAUCUUAAGCUCUUCCUGAUGAGUGACAGCUACGUGGGCGUUGACCAGGAACCUACCUUCUCCGUCAACGUAGCGGAGGGCAUGGAUACGGAUUCGGACGAGGAGGAGGAUGAAGAAUAG